GGCCAAGAUAUGGGUCCCUUUGGUGCCUCACGGCAAGGGUGAAUUCCGACCGAGACAAAAGCGGAUAAGUGUGAACGAAGCAACCGGAGUACCUUGCAUUAUUAUUCGGGUUGCGAAACGUUCCGCGUCGGGUAUAAGAAGGGUUGCGAGCUAGUACUUGUGUAGCAUUUUGUAUUAUCGUGACUAGGAAGAACGUACAUACCGAGUCUGCUGCUCUCGGACGACUUGAGAACGCAUUGUCAGCUGGUGUGUUUGCAGCGUGUAAAGCGGUUUUUUAGCUGGUAUUAAAAGUGCAAUAUCUGUACCAUCCAAGCUUAAAGCAAGAAUAUCCGCGACUAUACUUUAGCAUCACCCAGGUUGUCGACAAUGCAGGUCAAGUCGGUAAAAGCGAUCAUAAAAGAUGUGAAGAGAAGGCUAUCCCACAAACAUAAGAGGAAGUCGUCCUCAGCAACUGCUGCCACUACUACCACUACAUCGAGUUCUUCCCCGCCAUCCACACCUCCUGCAGCUCACCACACUCCCCUGUACGAUCCAUUCGCACCGAACACAAUCAUUACACCUACCAGCCCUCGCAGCAGGUCCAGUGAAACUCUGGGCUCUCGUCCGUCUUCAGACGUCAUCGAUAUUAGCUCGCAGCACUCGAGAACUCGCUCAGAAGAUAUGAUGUCUGCUGAUACGCAUGGAUCCGAUAACAGCGGUACCUUUGUCACCGCUGACUGGGGUCCAUCUUCGUCCCCACGGUUCCGCGCUAAAUCCCUCGGCCGAAAUAGUUCGGUUGCACCAGCAUCUAUCGCAGAAUCAGCCACUUCUUCCCACCCUUCUCAGAGUUCUCUCUACGCUUCUGCUCAUUCCAUGCCUCUGCCACUACCUCAGGAGGAUUCCGUUAUUCGCCCCUCGCAACUUCAGACGUUACCUGAGGAUGGUGGGGAGGUCCCAGAUACUCUUGACGCUCAAGUGUUGGAACCUGAGGUACCAGACCCGUUCAUAGUUGACGACUCGGAAGGUGCCUCAUCCGAGGUCGAAGGUGCCUCGUCUGAGGGUGAAGGUGCCUUGUCUGAGGGUGACACUGUUCCCCCCGCCGAUGAAGAGAUUGCGCUUGCACAAUCAGCCGCUCUUUCACCACCUGAAGUUCCCCCCUCACUCCCUUCACCCAACGUCAACAAGGACGUACCUCCGCCUCCCACAAGCGAAGUCGAGUCUGAGGCACCCGAACUGUAUAUUCCCGGGCUUACCAUGCCUACUAUGUUCUUACCCAUCCCAAACACGGACCCUUUAAAUAUUCUCCUCACCAAAUAUGUAUCUCCACCUGAGAAGCGACCUGUACGAGAUGUUAGUGGCGAAUGGCAGGAUUCUGAUUUUCACUCCAUGGUUAUGUCCAACAGUUGGCGUGCGCUUGCCAGAAUGGCACGAGAUCGUCUGAUAACUUGCAAUCCCGAGGACCUUACUCGUAUUCUCGAUCUCUGGUCUCUGCGCCUAUCAAGCCUUGCCCGCCUCCGACUUUACAACCAAACAUCCGCUGAAUGCACCAACCUCUUUGCAGUGCUCAAUGCCACGGAGCCCUCAUCAGCCCGGGCGUACCUAUUCGACCAUAUCCUCCCCUUUGAGCUCGAGGUCAUGCACGCACGCCUCAAAUACUGGGCAGGUGACCCCAUGGGCUACCUCGAUGUCCUUUACGCUCUGCUCAAGAAGUGCAAGCUGCAAGCCAAGAGUUCAAAAGCCGAAGGCGAUGACUCUAGCUUGUCGAUGUGGCUUGAACGUGCCGCACGGAUAUGCCUGAUCAUUGCGUCGCAAAUGAUCGAGAUGAAGGACUUCACUGCAGCAACGAAACUCUUGGAGCCACUGUUCGCACGACAUGGUACUGGGCAGCAGCCAUCUCCUGCAAUUCGGUCUGCCGUGGGUCGCAUUUACCUGCAGAGUGGAUACCUCACCCAGGCUGCGGCGCACUUUGCUGCCGUGGAGGGCGACGCCAGCGUCCCGCAGACACUCAAAGAUAUGAAUGCUGCCUUGCUCGCGUGUGCUGAGGGAAACUGGGCGCGGGCGGAUGAACUACUCCGAGCCCUCGUACAGGCAGAACCGGAUAACUUUGUGGCCAUCAACAAUCUGUCUGUGGCUCUUCUGAGUCAGGGGAAGUUGAAGGAGGGUAUCGAAGUCCUUGAAGCUGCACUGCAGAGCUCUCCAUCAGCUGUGGUAGUAACAGAACCGUACCUCUUCAAUCUUUCAACUCUCUACGAGCUUCACACAGCUACAGCUGUAGAGAAGAAACGCGACCUUUUGAUCGAGGUGGCAAAGUGGAGUGGAGAUGGGCUGAAGACGACAUGCUUGAAAAUGCCGUCCACUGGCGCAUAGCUGGUUGUAUGGUGAUCUCUUGAGCUUGUACCAUAUGAGCGGAAUAAACUGGUUUUGGUCCUGUCCACUGACUGUUAACGCAGGUGGAGAAGUGCGGUUGUUGAAACCAGGACGACUUUCCCGGGUCGCCACUUUGCAUCGUCGAUUUAAUGGAUUUGGUGUUAA